AUGAGCCAACAUACCGGCUAUGACGAUUUACAAACCCAUAUCCGUCAACUGAAAACACCUGCAAUCGAGACGUGGGAAAAUCAGUAUAGCCACCGAGAUUACACAAUCGAGAUUACUAACUUGGAGUUCACUGCGGUAUGUCCUAAAACGGGACUCCCGGAUUUCGCGACACUCUGCAUUGCUUAUGUGCCAGAGCAACAUUGUGUUGAACUGAAAUCCUUGAAGGAGUAUUUCCUCUUCUACCGAGAUGUCGGUAUCUUUCAUGAGCACGUCGUGAAUAAGGUGUUGGAGGACUUUGUUGAAGCGUGCCAACCGCGGAAGGCAGAAGUUGUCGGAGACUUUAACAUCCGCGGCGGCAUCAAAACAGUUGUGCGUGCAACUUACAACGCGAGUUAA